CUCUCCGGCUCGCCGUCGUUUCCCGGCAUGCCCAGAGGCUGUGGUUGGUGGCGGUGUAGUGGCGGUGUAAUGGCGGCUGCAGCGCUGGGCCAUGAUAUGUUUGAGGAGAUCGUGAUGGCCGAGGAGAGGUUUCAUGGUGAAGGGUAUCAGGAGGGGUAUGCUGAAGGCAGUCAUGUUGGAGUUGUUGAGGGAAGGAGAUACGGAUCACUCCAUGGUGCCAAGAUGGGGUCUGAGACUGGCUACUACCUUGGGUUUGCACUGACAUGGCAGUGUCUGCUCCAGAAACGCAGAGAUGAAAAGAACAGCAAAAAGAUAAGGGCUCUGGAUUCCUUAAUAAGGAUGAUUCAGAAAUUCCCAUAUGAAGACCCUACUUACGAUAAGCUGCAAGAAGAUCUGGAAAAAAUCAGAGGAAAAUUUAAACAGGCUUAUUCCUUGUUAUCUUAGUGAUAAAAUAGCAAGAUACAAAAGCUGUGCAUGAGAAGGGAUAGAAAAGGCAGGUUAACCUCACUCCUGCAAUCUUCUAUAAAGGUAUCUAAGACACAAAACCUUACGCUGAUAAAUAAAUACAAAUAAGUAUUCUGUAUUAUCCUACACCUACUCUAUUUUAGCUUUUAGUGACAAGAACCACCAAGUGGUAUUUUACUUUAUGUUUAAAAUAAAGUCUUCAGCAAAAACUACUUUGCUGCUUUAAAAACACACAUCACUGUGACAGGUAGUCAAAGUAGCCAAAAACCCUUGUGGUUUCCUAAAAUAACAGCAAAAAGUCUUCAGCAUUGCAACUAUUAAAGCAUAGUCAAAACCAGAAAAUAUCAUGUGGCUUACUCACUGCAUUAGGUGGUUACUGCCUUUCAGCAUUCAUGAAGGCAAUGUAAAAGUAAAAUAAAAUAAUAAAAAUAAAAAAGAAGCAGACAUUGGGCUUUACCAAUUUUAUUUCUAGAUUUUAGGGUUUUUUGCUGGAAACUUGUCUGUUACAGGUCUGUUGGUGAAAAUGUGCAUUUCAGACCAGUGAUGCCAAUAAGUACAAUAUAAAAAUGUACAAAUCUGAAUUGCUUGCUUACUACAGAUUGUUAUAAUAAUGUGACAAAUAAAGCAUCUCUGUUGGCGCAUGAACCCACUUAA